AUGCACUUUGGGUUUCGACGAAUGCGUCACAUUUUCCGGGUUAUGCCCAAGAUUUAUCCCGGUACUCUACAUCACUUAUCUGAGGCGGGCGUAAAUGGUUUAGCUAGUGCUCGUUCGACUGGUAGGUGGUGUAAUGCGAGCAGUAACAUCUCUAGGAGGCUAGAUUUGGCAGGUUGUCAAGAGCGAAGGUAUUCCUCCAUAUCGAACACAAAGCGUCCUACCUCUUCGGAUGAGUUUUGGUCAGUGCUUAGGUCUUCUCUUAAUCAGCCAAGAGGCCCUUAUUGGUGCUGGUUAAACUCUUCUUCGGGCAGCAAGACUUUAUUCAAGGAAGACCAAGUUUUCCUAGUUCUCGUCGAGAAAUUUGAUGAUGGUUCUUUGGGAGCUAAACAAAGUACUGUCAAGAUGUUUGAAAUAGCAAAAUCACUUCAACAGAGGUAUUCCUUCCUUCAAGUUCUGGUUGUACAACACGGAAAAUCAAUGUGUCUGAACAAUGCAUCUAAGCAUUUCCUCCAGAGAAUCAUUAAGGAAUAUGUUACUUUUCCUAUCUUGUUAUUUAACAAGCAAAGUAUAUCUGAGGUAUGGAUGCAAAAGGCACCCUGCGUCAUCAUUUGCAAAGGUUUUUCUCAAAAUCCUAUGAUUUACCCUAGCGAAGAUGUAGAUCUUAAGACACUUGAUGAAGCAAUUCGUGGUCUGAAGGUGAAACAUGACACGGGAGAUAAUGUUAAUGAUGCGAAGAGUACUUGGGUCAAGCCCAUUGAAGUUAUUAAGGAACCAGAUGUUUGUUCUGCUUCACGAAACUUACUGUUUUCUUUCCCAGGUUGCAUUUCAGUUGAGGAAGGUGGUGAUCGCUUGUUCCUUUCCGAUGUCAACCACCACAGGGUUAUCGUGUUUGACAACCAUGGGAAAAUUUUAGAUGCUAUUGGUUCAUCUCCUGGAUUUGAGGACGGAGAGUUUGAGACUGCAAAGUUAAUGCGCCCUGCAGCUUCAUUUUAUCUUGCCUCUGAGGAUAGCCUAUUUUUUAUCGACUCUGAAAACCACGCAAUUAGGAAAGCUGAUAUGGAGAGGAGGGUUGUGGAGACGGUUUUCCCAGUGACUGGUGAUAGCAAGAGGAGCAAAAGUUUAUGGAAUUGGAUUCUAGAUAAAAUAUGGAUGAACAGGAAUAUAAAACCAAAUUCGGAAGAGUUCAAUUUUGACUCAUUUUUGUUCCCUUGGCAUAUUCUGAAGUCAUCCGAUGAUGAUACCUAUGUACUCGAUCAAAGCUUUGGAACUCUUUGGACCAUAGAUUUGGAAUCAGGCUCUGUAAAAGAAGUUAUAAAAGAACCUUCAAAGAUUAUGGAGAAAUGUGGGCAGGCGAUCUUGGAGAAAUGCGCUCCAUUGGAACAUCUGCCUGCUGAUUGGCUACAGCAACGAGCACAUUCCACGUGCUCGUUUGAGGGAGUUCCAUAUGCUGGUCUUAUGUCUUCAGUGGCAACUUGUGGGGACCACAUACUGAUGUCUGAUACAGUUGGUCAGACAGUGGUUAAGUUCGGCAGGGAAGCUGGGUUGGCAAUGAGCUUUAAAUUCACAAACUUUGGGGUUUUAGGGCUUCCUUAUUGGAUAGUGUCCUCUCUCGAACGAGUCUACUCUGCAGAUGAUCCAUACGGAGACCCUGAUCAUUCUCAAUGCUUUCGCUUAUUGCCAGGGAGGGUUGAUAUAACAGUGAACAUCGAUAUUCCUCAACACGCUGAACUAAUUGAACGGCCACAAGAAGGAUGUAUAUGGCGCCAGGCCAGAGGGUCUGCUAUUGAGAUCUCAGGAGUUGAUAACAAGGCAGAAUCAUCUGAAAAGGUAGGCAUUGCUCAGCAGUGGUAUGAUGAAAUUGAUAAUCUCAGCUUUUCAGUGCCUCAAGAAGAGUCGAGCACGAAAGAAGAAAUUGGACGAGCAGGCGAGGAAGUACAAGAAGGGAAACUUCGAAUUGGUUGCACAAUCAACACUAGCCCCGGAACAAGUGAGGCUGUUAUUUACGCUGCGGUUUACUUGCGGCUGAAGAAAGAAUCAAAUAAACAAGUUAACAGUCGGGAGAAUAAAGCGUCGAGGAUAGCUGAUAUCUUAGACGCCAAGAAGAAAUUCAAAAGGGAUUUACUCAUUGAACAGCUCAUGCGGAUGUCAGACAGAGAUCUUGAAGAACUCAUAUUCUUGAGACCUCUACACGUUCGGCUCAAGUUCAACUGUCGGGACCACCCGAAAUCGGAUCAAAACACGAAAGGCGUAGUCUUGACUGAUUCUCUUGUGGAAGUUCAUGUUACCCUGUAA